UAAUACCCACGCCACAGAUAUUUAGCUGCAGAGCGUUACUAUGACCUCUAUUAUACGGCAGUCUUGUAGGGUCCCGUGGGCUUCGAAUCUAUCCCACAGGUAGGAGAAACAAGAGUGUGAAACGGUCCUGCAGUCUAAUACUAUCUACUUUCCACGGUUAGAGGGGGGUGUAUUAGAGCUACGCUGGUUCCUCGUUACGUCCUUGUCAUAUACUGAUGCCUAACCAUGCACUGCAACGCAACGCCUUGAUUGUCUGUCCUCGGUAAGAACCGACAUUGUUACACUACCUCUGCUGCUAUUAACGAGCACGCACACGCUGGCAGCAGGUCUUUAGAUCGCAUUUACGAGGCCUUAUUUUUAUGAUAGCGGUGAUAUACCUUUCCUUAUAGCAUGAACUAUCCCGAGACCCCAAGUCUGGCGGGCUGCAUUGAUAUCCGAUCUAUUACCACACAACCCGUAUUUCUCCUCUUUUCACCUUCGACGUUAGCAAUACUUCGCUGCCAUGGGGCAGAGGCUGUUGUUGUUCGCCGGCUCGAUAUUUAUCGUGGGAGUAGCGCUGCUCCUGGGGACGGCAUCGCGCUCUCCCUCCGAGAGGCCACCCCCAAUCAUUGGCAAAAACAACACCGCUCUGUUUCUAGUCAAUAGCGAGCCCGGUCUCUCCAAUGUUCACGCUGCCACCGCUCAGGCGCUGUUGGAACGACACCCACACAUCCAGGUGCACUUCGCCUCCUUCGCACCGCUAGCUCCUAAGGUCCAACGUAUUUCCUCGUAUGCCAAGAAGACUUUCAACUCGAACGAAAUCAAAUUUCACCUGGUGGACGCCAUAACUUACUUCGAAGCCAUUUCGGCUACAGGGAAGAUAGCCUCUGAAAUCAAACAUCCACCUGGUUUUGCGGGGAUCGGCGCCGUGUGUAGAGACAUACAGUCUUAUCUCGCCCCUUGGACAGCCGAAACAUUUCUUGAUAUUUACGAGAAGUUGCAAAGGAUUAUAAGAGACGUGGAUCCUGCCGUUGUGGUGCUGGACAGCAUGUUCCGUCCUGCUGUCGACGCUACCCGAGACCUCAAUCGGUUGCACGCCGUCAUUUCGCCCAACACGCUUAUUGAUAGCUUCCAGGCCGACCAACCUUGGGCCCCCAUGAUUUGGAAAUAUCCCGCUUUGGGUUCGGGCAUUCCAUUCCCUGUUCCGUGGAGCAGACUGAUUGAAAAUAUCUACCUCAACACCCGGUACAUGUAUUCGAUGAUACUUAUGCCCGACAUAAAAUCGAAGCAGGCUUUUCUCAGAUCCAAGGGUAUCGAAAACCCGAUAGAAUUCUUCGGGAUACGCAGCCCAGACGCGCCGUGGAUAACGCAAACCCUGCCGGGAGCCUCUAUACCCGUGGACGUGAUCCCGCCCAACGUAACCUGUACGGGGCCCAUGACGCUGUCUCUGGGGUCGGCGGCAGAGCAAGAUCCAGUCCUGGCUGCCUGGCUCGCUCGGGCGCCCACCGUACUUAUCAACCUCGGCUCCGCCUUUACGUACACGGAAGAGCAAGCUGCGAUGAUGGCCAAGGCCCUUGCGGAAGUGCUCAGCUCGACACAAGUGCAGGUCAUUUGGAAGUUUCGAAAGUUAACAGACGCUGUUGGGAGAGACGACAAAACCAUCUACAGCGACGAUUUCAAAAAACCACUGCAGCCGUUCAUUGAUAAUAACCGCGUCAAGAUAGUGACUUGGGUAUCGGUUGACCCGACCGCGCUCUUGGAGUCGGGACAUAUCGUCACCUCGGUCCACCACGGCGGCUCGGGUUGCUACCACGAGGCGUUAAGUGCCGGCGUCCCUCACGUAAUCCUGCCGCAGUGGCUGGACCUGUAUAACUUCGCCCAGCUUUCCGAGAACGUCGGCAUCGGCGUAUGGGGCUGCCGGAAGACGAGCCCGAAGUGGACAUCUGAAUGCCUGCGCGAUGCUAUUCUAAAGGCGGCAGACGGCGGCGACGACAGCCUGAAGAUGAGAAAGAAGGCAAGGCAACUAGCAGAGAUCACGCAGAGUAAUCCUGGGAAGUACAUUUCGGCACGGGAGAUUGCGAAGCUCGCCGGAUCUGGGAACUAGAAUCGAUGGCUUAGCUGGGUAGCCGUCCAAGGAGAUAUGCUCAUAACAAAGCAUCCGUCUAAGAGGCGGGACGGAGGGACCGCGGUCCCAGAGCCGUACACACUAGCGUCAUGUUCGGGUUUCAUAUUAA